AUGCCGACGUUCAUCGGCCGCCGCUCAUCUCAGUCAUCGGAUCCCGCUGCCGAGACCGGUAGCACCGCCGCCACUCCUCGGAAAGGCAGAUUGAGAUCCAACUCCGAUGAUUCGAUUGGAUCUCCGGCGCGUAAAUCGCCGCGGCAGUGCUGUAAAGGCAGUCCUAAAAGCCCGCUGAAUGUUGAUGCUAUUGAGGAAUGCGUGAAAUCCGUAAAUUUGAGUGGUUCAUCUCUCGGAAAAAGAUUUUCUGAGAAGUUUCUGGAAAAACCAUCUUGGGACCCAAGAGAUGUGGAGCAGUUGAGAGCUGUCAAAGAGGCACUCCAUGUGUCGACUGCUCCAAAUACUGUUGUGUGUCGUGAAGAAGAGCAUAAUAGGAUCCUAGAUUUUUGCAAGAAAUGCAUCAAGGAAGAGAAAGCUGGGAGUUUGUAUAUGUGUGGAUGUCCUGGAACUGGGAAGUCAUUGUCGAUGGAAAGAGUAAAAGAUGUUCUUGUCAAUUGGGCAAAUGAGGAUGGUGUAGAGACUCCAGAUAUAGUAUCAAUCAACUGUACUUCUCUGACAAACCCAAGUGAAAUUUUCAGCAAGAUUAUUGGGCAAAAUCAUCUGAAGAAAGAUAAACGUGCUACACUAUCAUUGCAGCUUCUUCACAACCUCUAUUCACAGGAGCAGACACCUGGCUCGAAGAUGAUAUUGAUUAUAGCCGAUGAAUUGGAUUAUCUGAUCACCAAAGACCGAGCUGUGCUUCACGAUCUUUUCAUGCUAACAACUUUGCCAUUUUCCAAGUGUAUUGUCUUAGGGAUUGCUAAUGCUAUUGACUUAGCCGACAGGUUUAUUCCGAAACUACAGUCCUUAAAUUGCAAGCCUACAGUCAUAACAUUUCGAGCCUACUCCAAGGAUCAGAUCAUCAGUAUUCUCAAAGAAAGACUGAGGGCACUUCCUUAUGUGGUAUUCCAGCCUCAAGCACUGGAACUCUGUGCUAGGAAAGUUGCCGCUGCAUCUGGAGAUAUGCGAAAGGCUCUCUCUGUUUGCAGGAGUGCAAUUGAAAUUCUAGAAGCUGAAAGACGAGAAGCUACCAGUGACUGCAUACCAUCAUCAUUAGACCAAGUAAAUAAUGUGGUGAGGAUAGAUCAUGUUGCUGCUGCAUUAUCAAAGACAUUUUCAUCGCCUAUAGUAGACACCAUUCAGUCCCUCCCCCAACAUCAACAGAUGAUACUUUGCUCGGCUGUGAAGCUUUUCCGUAAAGGAAAGAAGGAUACAACCAUCGGUGAGUUGAACAAAUCUUACGUGGAUGUAUGCAAAUCAACUUUAAUCCCUCCUGUUGGCAUCGUGGAACUUUCAAGUAUGUGCCGGGUGCUAGAUGACCAGGGAAUUCUCAAACUAGGACAAUCGCGAGAUGGUAAAAUAACAAGAGUGUCAUUAAAGGUAGAUGGAGCUGACAUUGUCUUUGCCCUACAGGCAAUUCGCUUCUUCAGAAACUGUCUGCAGUAA